UAUAGUCUGCUUAUAAUGCGGCCAACAUCGGACGCGUGUAGAGCUGCAAUUCAAACGCGAUCACACUUUUCGAUAACUCGCAAUUUGCGCCGUUUUCUACAUAUGACGACGGGUUUGAACUUGUUUGAACACGGAACCAAAGAACAUGUUUGACGGUGAACCCGUGAAAUAUCCCAGAGCGACCACGGUGGUUGCAGCAGUUUGCGCGAUUGUUUUUUGUAUUGUUGGGGUGGUUGGAAACUUUGUCACUAUCAUAGCGCUGUUUCGAUGUCCCAAGCUCAAAUCGCAUGCUACAACUGCAUUCGUGAUAUCACUAUGUGCAUCCGACUUCCUUUUUUGUGCCGUCAACUUACCCCUUACCGCCGUUAGGUACAUCUCUGAAAGUUGGAUACUUGGAGACGCCCUUUGCAAAUUAUUUCCUGUGCUCUUCUAUGGAAAUGUUGCUGUUUCUGUUUUGAACAUGGUGGCCAUCACGUUAAAUAGAUACGUCCUGAUCACGCUAUACGAUUACUACACCAAAUUUUACUCGAAGUUAUCCAUUUGCUUGCAGCUGCUUUGUACCUGGGGCAUAGCAUUUCUCAUAAUGAUUCCGCCCCUGACUGGAAUAUGGGGUCAACUGGGCUUAGACCGAUCGACGUUUUCCUGUACCAUUUUAGAAAAAGACGGAAAGUCCCCUAAGAAAGCUAUAUUUAUAUUUGGAUUUGGCUUUCCCUGUCUUGUGAUCAUCAUAGCUUAUUCCUGCAUUUACUGGACUGUUCGCAAUUCGAAAUUGAGACUUAGAUCUCAUGAAUCAAUGCCACCUCAGCGAACAUCAAAACGCGAGCGGGAUGACAAUCGGCUUACACGAUUAAUGGCGUUAAUAUUUUUUUGUUUUUUGAUUUGUUUCCUACCCUUGAUGUUAGCUAACGUUGUGGACGACAAGGUGUCCAUUCCCGAACUGCAUGUAUUUUCAUCCAUUCUCACAUGGGCUUCUUCCGUCAUUAAUCCAUUCAUAUAUGCUGCGACUAACAAACAAUAUCGGUCAGCUUAUAAGAAGCUACUUUCCAUUGUCAGGUCCAGCUAUACAAGUGGGCCUGACUCAAUGCAUUCCAAACAAGACAAACUACAGAGUGUCAGCUAUAGGCACAAGGGUAGCAGUAGUGCCAUUGUUUAAACGAGAUUAACUAUCACAGUUUAAACUUUAAGGAUAUAUUUAUUUUUGUGUGAGUGGAAAGUCUGAAGCAAUACCGUUGUGUUGCGGAGGAAGUUUUUGCAAAUUUUGUGCCAUAUUUGUUCAUAAAUAAGUUUUAGCUUUUAUGUCAGGGUCUACAAAGACUGGCAAUUUUGGCUUUUCCGCCUCUCAUAAUUAAUAUUGUUGAUAUUAUUUAUGUGUGAACCCUAGCUAAUAUAUUUAGGAUAUUUUAUAACAAUCCUAGUUCUACGAGAAGUGAUUAAGACUGACUAUGGGUGUACACAGUACGCCCUGCCAUUAAUUAUGACCAUGUGAUAUCCACAAUAAAAAUACUGUUGAUGCCAAAUUCUACGUAGGAAUAUGAGAUUUUAUCUAUGUUACAAAGUUUUCUAUAGAAACACGAUGUAUUUAAUAGAUUACGUAUUUACAACUUGUA